CACAGCCGGACAUUGGUUCGUUGCUUAGCAACGCCUUGUCGCUAUUUCCUGUGGGGCCUAGCAGAAAGGGCUCUUCUCCGGAGUAGGAAGAAGGAUGCUGUCUGUCCCGGGAACAGGGGGUGGCCCGUCGCCGGGCUUUAGCGGAGGCUCUGCCUCUAAGAAGCACAAGAAAAAGAAAGACAGGAGAUCUUUGCCAGAUGAAGAUGUUGCUGAUAUACAAUAUUCAGAAGAAUUCCUUAUCAAGCCUGAAUCCAGAGUGGCUCAACUGGACACAUCACAAUGGCCUUUACUUCUCAAGAACUUUGACAAGUUGAAUGUGAGGACAGCACACUACACACCUCUUCCUUCUGGUUGCAAUCCUUUAAAAAGAGAGAUUGGAGAGUAUGUAAGGACUGGCUUCAUCAAUCUGGAUAAACCUUCCAACCCUUCUUCCCAUGAGGUGGUGGCCUGGAUCCGUCGCAUCCUCCGUGUUGAGAAGACCGGGCAUAGUGGCACACUGGACCCCAAAGUGACUGGGUGCCUGAUUGUAUGCGUUGAGCGAGCAACACGCUUGGUCAAGUCUCAACAAAGUGCAGGCAAAGAGUAUGUGGGAAUCGUUCGGCUGCACAAUGCAAUCGAGAGUGAGGUUCAGCUAUCAAGGGCAAUAGAAACUCUGACAGGUGCCCUCUUCCAGCGCCCUCCACUCAUUGCUGCAGUGAAGAGACAGCUGAGAGUCCGAACAAUCUAUGAGAGCAAAUUGAUAGAAUAUGAUCCGGAAAGAAGAUUGGGAAUCUUCUGGGUGAGCUGUGAAGCUGGGACCUACAUCCGGACGCUGUGUGUACACCUGGGUCUUUUGCUGGGGGUUGGAGGUCAGAUGCAGGAGCUUCGGCGAGUGCGCUCUGGGGUCAUGGGAGAGAAGGACCACAUGGUGACCAUGCAUGAUGUACUGGAUGCACAGUGGCAAUAUGACAACAACAAGGACGAGACUUACCUCCGGAGGGUGAUCUUUCCCUUGGAGAAGCUGCUGACGUCCCACAAGCGGCUGGUUAUGAAGGACAGUGCGGUGAAUGCGAUUUGCUAUGGCGCAAAGAUCAUGCUGCCUGGCUUGCUACGGUACGAAGAUGGCAUUGAAGUCAAUCAGGAAAUUGUUGUGAUCACCACAAAAGGAGAGGCCAUCUGCACAGCCAUUGCCUUGAUGACGACUGCAGUGAUAUCCACCUGCGAUCAUGGAGUCGUGGCAAAGAUCAAGCGUGUGAUCAUGGAAAGAGAUACCUACCCUCGCAAGUGGGGGCUCGGCCCAAAAGCUUCUCAGAAGAAGAUGAUGAUUAAGCAAGGCUUGUUGGACGCACGUGGCAAACCCAAUGAGAAAACCCCCCAGGCCUGGAAGGAGGACUAUGUGGAUUACAAAAGGGCUGCCGUAAAGAAAGAGGUAGAAGAGCAGGCCGUCCAAGUGGAACCAGGCAGGGCACCAAAGAGAAAGAGGGAAAUCGAGAAUGAUGGGGGAAAGGGAGAAGCAGCCUCGUCACCCCCAGACUCGCCAGAGCUGCAGGCGGAAAUUAAGAAGAAGAAGAAGAAGAAAGAGAAGAGGAAGUCAGAGCUUGCCGAAAGCAGCGGGGAGCUAACUGAAAUGACCAGUGACACGAAGAAGAAGAAGAAGAAAAAGAAGAAGAAACAAGAAGAAGCUGAGGAGAGUUCAGAGUAACCAGCGAGAUGUAUCCAGAGGAAGCAGCCCGGACCAGUGCAGAAAGGGGGGUCCGAAGGCCUUAAUGGAAGUACAGACUGGAUCAGUGAGCAGAGACUUGACCUGAUUGCUGUGCAAAUUAAUGUACUUUCAGGGGGCUGGCAUGGCAAGCCCCCUCUGUCCUGUUCUAAGGAUAGCUGGAGGAUUUGGGGACUGCAGAACUCCCCCAGGUCUCAGUGGCUACGCAAGGAAUUUCUCUGAGCUUAUGAGACUCCUUGUCUGGGGGUAACAUAAUGAUGCCCUUGACUCUGGAGCUAGUAGCAGCAGCGUCUCUUUCCCCCGACCCCCUUCUCCUUCCUCUGCUGGAAUGUGGGAGAUGCUGUGUGGUUUCGUCAACUUUGCUGUUGCUGGGAGUGAAAAGGAAAGGUUUGCUAAUGGCUGAGCGUCAGAUGCUUCAUUUUUUAAAAAAAUGCUUUUGUAUUUCCCCCCUUGUACUUGCCUUGACUCUCUUAAUGAAGAGUCCAAUCAUUUUCCCCUCAGGGUACCACCUCCUUCUGUUCUUUUUUUUUUUUUUUAAAGUAAAUACAGAUUUUAAGAAGAGAGAUCACGCUUG